GAUUAAAAUAGCUGAUGGAUUUCAUUGAACUCUGUAAUUUAAUGGGCAAUUUUAUUCUUUUCUUGCAGUCACCCCAAGCAGGUACAAAAGAAAAGACUCUCUGUUGUUGGUUUUGUACCUCAGGCCCAAUAUCCUUAAGUGCCAAAAUUGAAAGGAAGGGCUAUACCCCAGGUGAAUCAAUUCAGAUCUUUGCUGAGAUUGAGAACUGCUCUUCCCGUAUGGUGGUGCCAAAGGCAGCCAUUUACCAAACACAGGCAUUCCAUGCCAAAGGGAAAAUGAAGGAAGUGAAACAGCUUGUUGCCAGCCUGCGUGGGGAGUCCCUGUCGUCUGGCAAAACAGAAACCUGGAAUGGCAAAGUGUUGAAAAUUCCACCCAUUUCCCCUUCCAUCCUUGACUGUAAUAUAAUCCGUGUGGAGUAUUCACUAAUGGUGUACAUUGAUAUUCCAGGAGCCAUGGAUUUAUUCCUUAACUUACCACUGGUCAUUGGUACCAUUCCUCUCCACCCAUUUGGUAGCAGGACAUCAAGCGUGAGCAGUCAGUGUAGCAUGAACAUGAAUUGGCUUGGUCUGACCCUGCCUGAAAGGCCAGAAGCACCUCCGAGCUAUGCAGAAGUGGUCACAGAGGAGCAGAGGCAGUCCAGCCUGGUGCCCAUAGCCACCUGCGAUGACUUUGAGCGAGGGCUCCAGGGACCAUUAUUUGCAUACAUCCAGGAGUUCCGCUUCCUGCCUCCCCCCCUCUAUUCAGAGAUUGACCCCAACCCAGAUCAGCCCACAGAUGACAGACCAUCCUGCCCCUCUCGCUGAAGGAAUCCAUGCUAAGCUGACUCGACUUGGGUUUUG